AUGAAACCACAAUACAAAAUUGCUGAUGAAAAGCUGGCAGAGUUGGGCCGCAAUGAAAUCAUGAUGGCUGAAAAAGAAAUGCCAGGACUUAUGGCGUGUCGUCGUAAAUAUGCACCUGGAAAAAUUUUAAAGGGUGCCAGAAUAGCUGGUAGUCUUCACAUGACAGUGCAAACAGCAGUGUUGAUAGAAACUCUUGUUGAAUUGGGUGCAGAAAUACAAUGGUCGAGCAGUAAUGUAUUCAGUACACAAGAUGAAGCUGCAGCUGCCCUGGUUGCACGAGGCUUACCAAUUUAUGCCUGGAAGGGGGAAACUCAAGAGGAAUACAUGUGGUGCAUUGAACAGACUCUCAUUUUCCCUGAUGGAAAGCCUCUCAACAUGAUUUUGGACGAUGGUGGCGAUCUGACAAAACUAGUACACUCAAAAUACCCCCAUCUCGUAGAAGGCAUCAAGGGAAUUAGUGAAGAAACAACUACUGGUGUCCAUAACCUGUAUAAAAUGUUCCGUGAAGGAGUACUUAAACUUCCUGCUAUUAAUGUUAACGACUCUGUCACAAAGAGCAAGUUUGAUAACUUGUAUGGAUGCAGGGAAUCUUUGCUUGAUGGAAUAAAGAGGGCCACCGACAUGAUGAUUGCUGGAAAAGUAUGUGUAGUAGGUGGAUAUGGAGAUGUUGGGAAGGGAUGUGCUCAGGCUUUCCGUGGAUUUGGAGGGAGGGUCAUUGUUACUGAAAUAGACCCAAUAAAUGCCCUUCAAGCUGCCAUGGAAGGCUUUCAAGUAAUAACUAUGGAUGAAGCAGCUGAAGUUGGACAAAUAUUUGUCACUACCACUGGAAACAUUGAUAUUAUAACUAAGGAUCAUUUCUUUAAAAUGAAGGAUGAUGCAAUCCUAUGCAACAUUGGUCACUUUGACUGUGAAAUUGAUGUUGCUUGGUUAGAAAAAAAUGCUAAGAAAGUCAAUCUUAAGCCACAUGUUGAUCGCUAUGAGUUAGAUAAUGGAAACCAUUUGAUAAUAUUAGCAGCAGGAAGGCUUGUAAACUUGGGUUGUGCAACUGGUCAUUCCUCUUUUGUCAUGUCUAAUUCAUUUACCAACCAAGUCUUGGGUCAAAUUGAAUUAUGGACCAAACAUAACUUAUAUCCAGUUGGGGUUCACACACUUCCUAAAAAGUUAGACGAGGAAGUAGCAGCUCUGCACUUGGACCAUCUUGGUGUAAAGCUGACUAAAUUGACACCAAAGCAGGCCAAAUAUAUUGGAGUUCCAAUAGAGGGGCCUUAUAAACCAGAACACUACAGAUAUUAA